AUGGCUUCUAACUCUCUCCCUCCACAACCAAUUUUUACUACCUCUGAUGUUUCACCAUCAAUCUCCCGACCUACACCAGUUCUAAAAAUAGCCAGAACUUUCAUACCCCCCUCUAUACCUGCACAAACUCACCGAAGCACUUCAUCCUCUUCAUCUACUUCAUCCUCUGAACCAGAAACACCCCCUUACAUCUCUGUGUCUUCUGACCCAGAAGCUUCUGACCCUGAAUCCCCCACCAUAGCCACUCUUUACGCUCACAGACUUGCUUCCCAACAACAAACACAAACACUAUCUGAAGCAACAUCACCGCCACCACAACAAACAACCACCAUACCCUCUAAAGUUCAACCUUCAGAACCUCAACCCUCUGCACCUCACACCUCUGGUAUCAUUCCCCCAAACAUCCCUUCUCCACCAGAACCAGAAUCUGAACCCUUAGACCUAAACCCACUAUACGCUUCACCUCAAGAAACUGAACCUGAACCAGAACCAGAAACUGAACCUCAACCAGAAACAGAAUCAGAACCUCCCAUCUUAAAUCUCAGCCCUUCAAACUCUCCACCUCAUACCUCUGAACCUGAACUAGAACCUAAACUUUCCCCACCUGCCCUGAGGGAAGCCAUUAUGAUGAUUGCAGAGGCUUCAGUUCAGAAGGCUGGUAAGCCUAUUGCUGUGGGUGUUGCUGUUGCUGAUACUGAGGCUGCUGAUACUGUUGCUGAUGCUGAGCAUUGUCUUUAA